CCUGGCUGGCGGCAGGGAAGAGCCGGCACCAUGAGUCACGUAGUGACUAUCGAAGAACCCCAGGCCAAGUCGCAGGUGUCUCAAACCCGGUUCGGAGGGAAGUCGGGGGCCUGCGGCAACGUCUCUGCCAGUCGAACGUAUGAUUUCUUAUACGACCCGUUGUUUAUUGUAUCAAGCGAGAAAGACCACAACCAGGCAAAUAUGCAGGCCACCGUGAUUCGAAGCAAACUGAGAAGGGUUCCCAGGUUUAGAACCAUGUUCAGCAGCAUGUUCCAUUAUCCAAGAUAUUCUGUUUAUUGGAGCAAGGCAGAUCCUGUUCCAUCAUUCAUCAGUCGGGACUGGAAGCGACAUGAGCAACGGCACAGAGAGGCCCUCCAGCAACUUGCCGCAAUUGAUGCUUCUUUUCAGAUGCCUAAAGAAGUUUAUGAAGAUCCUGAUGUUACUGGAAAGAAUCGCUAUAAAUAUUUUGAAAGGCCGUUCCUUCCAUUUUAUCAGCAGAUGCCAUUCAAUGUUGUUUUUGCAUCAACCAGGGCAGAUCCAUAUACUUUUCCUCCUCCUCCAACUAAGUACCUGCCCCUUCCUUCGAAGUACACGGUGGGCACUCAGACUGAUUAUCGGGAUGCUGAAGUUCAAACAGACCCAUAUUCUCCAGAAUAUGUAGUAUGUCAGGAUUCCAUCCCUGAGCUCCUGACCCUGGCUACUCUCACGUGGGGUCGAGGUCUCCCGGCAGGACAAGCUGAAGUAGAGAUGAUAGAACGUGCCCGGGAGAAGCGUGCUUGGGAAGACACCCUGCCCUCUCUGAGUGACACCUCCCAGUUUGAGAAAAGGAGGCGGAUGAUGAAUGCCAUGGAGAGGAAGGAGUGGGCCUUCAGAGAGCAGGAGAUUGAGAAAUUGCAGGAGAUUCGCCUGGAAGUUCUAAAAGAGCUGCUGAAGAAGCGUGACGAGAAUCAAAAAGAAGUGAACAUGGCACGCUUGAAUGCCCAGUGGUCUAAACUACAGGAAGCGAAGGAGGCAAAGUUGGCACAGAUUCAGCGCAAGCACGUGUCAGCAAUCAGAAAACUUACGGGAAAGGGAAAGAAUAUAGAAGGGAAGUUGGAGAGAAGAAAUAUCAUCAAGGAUUAUUGUGAUUAUGCAUCACAGGUCUAUGGACCUCUAUCUCGCCUUGGUCGUUUCCCAGACAACAAUUCAGAGGACUUUGUAGUAAAAAACCACUAUCUCAACACCUAUGAAGGAUUAGUUGAGCUUGAGUCAUGUCUCCCAGAUUUUGUGACACAACCCCGAGUUAAACCACCAAAACCAAAAGUCACUACUACCAAAGAUGGUUUUCUAAAGAGGGCUGCAAGGGUGGACCGUGAGUUGGCAGAGGUUCAUAAGGCACUGUUGGAAAAGAAGAAUAAGGAUUUCGAAGCAAAGAAACCUAUGCGUUUUCUUCAAAGAAAGCCAGUACCUCAACCUCGACUUCCAACUCCAACCCUGGAGAUGAGUUCCAAUGAAGAAGAAGAUAUAGAAAUGGCUGUGAUCUACCUUCAAAAGUUGCUCCGGGGCAGAGUUGUUCAAAACAUGAUGUUUGAAGGGAAAGAGAAGCGACUGGAGUUGAUCCAGGAGCUGCGCACCAGCCACGCACUGCAAGAGGAUGACAGGCUGGUGAAGAAAGCCGAGAAGCAGGUGACCCUGGCCCUGCAGCGGCAGAGGAACGUGCACGAGCACAAGGUGUCGCUGGUUGAAAACCACUUGGCUGGACUGGAAGGAAGGGUGCUGGCAGACAUGUUUGACUUCCUGUCCAAAGAGCUGGUGAGACUGCAGGAGGAGAGGCGGGUCCACGCCCUGGCCAUGCUGGCCGAGCGGCAGCGCCGGAUGCGCGAAGCUGAAGAGAGCGGCCGGCGCCAGGUGGAGCAGAGGCGCCUGCAGGAGGAGGACCAGAUAUUUAAGGAGGUGAUUAAAAUUCACCAAAGCACCGUAACUUCCUAUCUGGAGGACAUAAUACUGAACACUGAAGAGAACACUGCAGAAGAACAAGCCAGGGCGGAAAUAGAGAAGAUGGCUGAGGAAAUCAAUGACAUUGCUUAUGAAAUGGAAAGCCGUCGCACUCAGCUUCAGUCAGAGGAGAUUGUGGCCGAGCUGGUUUACAGUUUCCUAAUCCCACAGGUGCAAAAGGACUUUGUCAAAGAAAAGGUGAGGAACUUUCAGCGGAAGCACAUCCUGGCAGCCCAUCAGAUCAUCCACAGGCACACAGAGGACAUGCUCAAGAUGCAUUUUGCUGAGCAAGGGCGGACAUCAGACACUGAGCUACUUGAGGGAGAAACUGAAAAUGAGCAGAAUACCUAAGACUAUGAUCUUUUUAAAGAGAAGCUGUACAAAUCACCGUCGUAGAGAAUUCCAGUUGUCUGCCCUUCUUCCGAGAUGUGCAGCUCUUAGGGCUUGUCAGUGUGUGAUGCAUGAGGAAACGGAUUUCUUUUCUU